UAGUGCCUACCGACUUGCCGCGGCGCACUCGGCCCGAACACUGUCAGUGGGCAUCGCGCACGCCGUUCUCGUCCAGACGAUUUAAAAUAUAAUUUCUUAUUAAGUUCUAAAAUAUUUAAAUCGGUACCUACCCACUGCAACCGCAUACCGUCAAAAGUGUGUCGUGUGUUCGAUUUUUCGUUUUGCCGCGGUGGAGACGAUGACGACRGCGGCGGCGACGACGACAUCACAGGAUACCACCGUAACAGUGUCGUAUUCGGGCAACGCGACGUCGGUUCUUCAUAAUAAUAUUAAUGUCGUUGUAAUACCAAAACUUGGUUCGUUAUUACACCACGGUGGUGUACACUGAAACGACAUACGCGCGAGAGUGCACCCAGUCGUGGAAGAAGAAUAUUAAAACAUUGCAACAUAACUCGGCUGCAGUUUAUUUAGUAUAUCAUAAUAUUUUAAUAUAUUAUUAUCAAUCGGGACAGUGAUCAUAGUUAUAGUCGACGACGAUAAUAUGACUAAUCCGUACUCUCGCCCGACAGUACAGCCGCACAUUGAAGACCUGCCGUCCGAUUGCGGGUUGCAAUGGCUAGGAUAUUCGUUAUGUCGGUCUUGGAUUAGAUGCGCAACAGCUGGAAAAUAUUUGACUACCAUAACACUGUUUGUUUUUUUCCAAACAGCAUCGCAGAGAUACUUUUUUUCGACGUUAGAAUCGAGAAGUUAUAAUAUACCUAAAGAUAUAUCAAAUUGGCUGUGGAUUCUCAGUGGAUUUGUUCAUUUGACKCUGUCAACCUUCAUUGGAUACCGAGGGGGUAAACGCAACAAGAAUUCAUGGAUUGCAUUUUUUGGGAUUCUGCAAGGAAUUUUGGCUGUCUUACUGGCGAUGAUCAACGCGUCCGAUCAUUACAGCUUUCAACGACCUUCAGCUUUAAUUUUGGCUACAUUAGGAGAUACUCCAUUAUGCGACUCUAUUCACGGCGCUCACAUAAAGGAACCAUACAUCCCGUUUCACUUGGUGAAAACUACAGUAUUAUUCUUGCUCCAAGUCACCAUGUCACUAGGAAGCACAGCUCUAUUGGCUCUUGGUCUUGGUCUACUUGACGAAUCAGUAGCCCCAACYAAAAUACCGGCUUGCAUAGGUGUUGUCAUCGGUUCGUCACUGUUGGGACUUCAGACGGGGUUGAUGGUGGGGAAAUUUGCAUUCCACGUGAGCGCGGAGUUCAACUUGGCCGGUGACGUCGUGUGGCUUAUUAUUGGUUUGAUACUGAUUGUUGUAUCUUUUAUCGUGGCUCUAUAUCCAAGCAGACUGGUCACGAGCCGUGCUUCAACGUUAAUACGCAAUAGCCCAAUUUAUCGAAACAACAGAUACGAUUUCAGGAGCACGCUAGGAAGAAUUUUCAGUAACAAGUUAAUUUUAUCCAAUAUUGCAGCCAUCGCUUGUGUGUACACAGUAUUAAUCAAUAUGUUGUACGAAGAACCUAAUUAUAUGGAGUCAGUGUUUUUCGUGCCCAAACACACAACGGAUGCAACUGAUCAAAAUACCAUAAUCAUAGAUUUUUUGAGAUAUCCUUUGGCAGCUGUUUGCGUGUUUUUAUCUGGCGUGUUAAUAUGCAUUACACAGCCAAGGGCUACAUUGUUAGCCGCUUGGAACAUUGGCAUAAUUUGUGUUGUGACUAUAUUAGUUUUCACUAGUAUGUUUCUUCGAUGUUCCAAAAUACAAGUACACAAUCAAAUAACACACAAGUCCGAUUUAAAUGAAUUUUGCAAUAAGGAUUGCAAUUGUCCAGACAAUAUUCCAUUUGAACCGGUUUGUUCGUCCAACAGUCAUAUUGUCUAUUAUUCACCCUGUCACGCUGGCUGCAGGACCCAGGAUCUGUAUUCGAGACAGGAGUACGUGGGGUGUGCUUGCGUCCAAACUGAAUCCGCCAGCAAACGCGCUUGUUAUGAUCAUAAUUGCCACCAAAUGAACGUCGGGUAUCAAUCAAUUUCAGUAUUGAUUCUGUCGUUAUUAGGGACGUGUAUAGUUGGAACAAUCAUUUUACUUCUAAGAAGCGUCGAACCUGAUGAUCGUACCACAGCUUUGGGAUUCGCAGUGACUUCCAUUUGUUUGAUGGGACAUGUUCCUGGAAAAAUACUCUACCUAUUUAUUGGACAUGUAACUUGUAUUUUGUAUGACAGUAACGAUCAGUGCCGAUUAAAUGGUGCGGCAACGUUUUCCACCUAUCUUAGUCUGUCGAAUAUAUGUAUACUCAUGACGUCAGCAGCGCUUUAUGCAUGCGUGUGCUUAAUGUCAAGGCCAAUACGUCCAUACGGAACUUCGGAUUCUGUGAAAAAAUUUAUCGUUAGCUCAGUAUCGAGUCCGUUAAGUCCAUUAACUCCACCUGGGUUUGAAGAACGAGCGCCCACGCCAACCAGAAAGCCGCCGAAGAGAAGACCGUCUGAUUUAACGUUUUCUGCUUCGAACACCAAUAUUGAUUUUACCAGACAUACGGACGACUAUUCGCCUAGGAGUCCCGGAACAACGCUCAGAGAAGGAGGGGUCUUAACUACAUUACUGUAAACUUUUAUAAAAUAUUGUAUACCCGUGAACUAAGAAGGAUAUAUUAUGUGAUCUAAAUAUCCUAUGAUUCAGGUCGAUGAAUUUAUUAUAUAUACAUUAUACAUAUAUACCUAAUACCUAUACAUUAUACAGCUACAGAAGUGUUCAAUGACUUAUUAUUAUACCUAUAUAAUAUUAUAAUAUAUGUGCUUCAUUAAGCGAAUACAAAAWUAAAAUUAGACACGCCAUACUAUUUAAUUUGAUAGUGUAUUACGUACCAAUCUAGUCUAUGGCUUAGGCUAUGUAAURGAGGAUAUAUUUUGGUCCUUACUCCUAAUAUAUUAAACUUAAUAAUGUUAMAUAACUGUGUUUGUAAAACAAUUAUAAACAUAACGAAUAUUUUAUAUACGUACUGAUCUAAUGAAAAGUUGUAUUAAUGGUAUGAGAAUAAUCAAAUCUAAUUAUAAUUUUAAAUUAUAAUGGUUUACCUAAAGUAGAAUGAUUAACUAAGUAGUAAUAUCGGUAAUGUAUAAUAUUUAUGGUUUUAAUUAAUAAAUUACGAUUUUAAUUGUACUCAAAGUUGUUUAAUUUGUAAAGACUAAUGAUUGACAUAUUUUGGUGUUAACCACUGCAGGUAUUUGUGUGAAUAUAUGUUUAUUUAUUAUGUUUUUUAUACAUUAUAAUGUAUCAUUAAUUUUAUUUCGUUUUAAGUUAAACCCUUAAAAUAGUUACAAAAUAAAUAAAAAUUUUCAUCGUUAAAUGCUAUUAUGAAUUCAUAUGACUAGCCGACUAACCAUAA